CGAUAAUUGCCCUGAUAUGUGACCAAGGCGAAAUGAUACACGGCCGGAAUAGACAUCCAGGACACCUGAUGGUUCCGUUCCACUCGCUUGCAAAGAGUAACGUUGUCUGUAAUGGCUCUUGAACCAGGGCUCGCUCCAGGCUCCCCAGAGAGCUCUGGGCGCGAAUCACCGAUACCUCGUCAGUGGAGGAACCAGUUGGGAGUUGAUGAUGCUCCCAAGGACAAAGCCUUUCGAAAAUACGCCUCGGGCGUGGAAAGGACACUCGCCCUAUUCGAGACGGCUCUCCAGGAGUGGGCCGACUAUAUCUCCUUCCUGAACCGACUUUUAAAGGCUCUGCAAGCAAGACCGAACACCAUCACCACUGUCCCCUCGAAAUCACUGGUCGCAAAACGGCUUUCGCAAUGUCUCAACCCUUCGCUUCCUUCCGGCGUCCACCAGAAAACACUCGAGGUCUACCAAUAUGUCUUCACCAUGAUAGGCAAGGAGGGCCUCUCCCGGGACCUCCCUCUAUAUUUCCCGGGUCUGGCCUCGACAUUGUCCUUCGCCUCCCUAUCAGUUAGAUCACCAUUCCUCGAACUACUCGAAAGUCACUUUUUAGACCUGGCCCCGCGCUCCUUGCGCCCGGCAAUGAAGUCUAUUGUGCUGGCCCUACUCCCUGGACUGGAGGAUGAAACCGCAGAGGAUUUUGAGCAGACUCUGAAGCUGCUAGAACGCUUCAAGACGGCAAUACGGCCACCCAACAGCAAAGAAAUCACACGCGUACACUUCUCAGGUGAUUCUUUCUUCUGGCAAUGCUUCUUCUUGGCCUCCAUCACCAGCCAGAGCAGACGGGCUGGAGCUCUGGCUUAUCUGGUGCGAAACCUACCGAAUCUCGGCCAACCGUUGAAUCUCGAGGCCAGUACCCCUACAAGCAUUGAGGACACGACAACAGCCCAGCUUGCCCAGAUGGUCACCUCGCCCGAACCUGGACUAUUACUGAGGUGCUUUGCGGCUGGGUUGGGCGAUGAGAAUCUCCUGGUGCAACGGGGAUACUUGGACCUGCUAGUGUCCCAUGUACCACUUCAUGCAAAUGUUCUCCAGGUUCGAGUCAAGCCGACCGACCUUGAGCUUCUUCUUCGUGCAGCUUCCGGAGUAGUAACGCGCCGAGAGAUGAGUCUCAACCGGAGGCUUUGGGCUUGGCUACUAGGACCGGAACCGACAGGAGCUAGCAUGGAAGGGGAGAAUGGCUUGGAGUCGCCCUACUCGAUCUCAGAUAACCAUGCUGGUGGCAUGGCUGGGAAAACGGGGUAUUUCGAGGAGUAUGGCUUGCAAGCUCUGAGCAGAUCGCUAUUGGCUAUGAUCAAGACCAGCGAGGAAGGCAGUCCCAUCGAAAGGGCCCGACCAUAUCGCAUAUGUCUAUCUCUAAUGGACAGGUGGGAGAUCGGGGGUCUUGUGGUUCCCGAGCUCUUCCUUCCGAUAGUUGAUAGUGUGCGGAAGUACAAGACUACUGCACUCUCAAAGCCGGACUUCAGCGAGGUUCUUCGAAGCGCCAGUGUCUUCUUCGAUGGAGUAGAGAGCGGGUUGAUAUUCGGGGAGCUUCUUGCUUUAAUCGCAUCCGCCAUCGGCCCAGGGAACAUAACAGCCGCCGAGCGCGCCGACAAGAUGGCCCUGGUCAGAUUCGUCUUAUCGCAUUUUAACGUCAGAGAGGAGGAAAUGGUGACCACACAUGCGCCACUGACAGCCUUAUCAAUACUCUGCAUGCUCGAGGAUGCCAAAGAAAGGGUGAAGAGCGAUUCUCCAUCAGAGGAAGACAAGAAUUUGACAUCACAGGCGCUUGGAAUAGCUACCGAUUUGAUAGACCUUGUUCCGGAGCGAGCAUUCUCAGUGUCGGCUGGAAAGUCAUCAGAAAAAGCCGAAUCCGAAUCAGCCACUGAUGUAUCUACUCUCGGCAUACUGAAGAGAAUCAAGGACUUCUAUGUAAAUGAGCAAGGGAGUUUGGAAGUCAUCCCCGCCCCAUUUACAACACAGCGCACAGGCGAGCUACUCCUUGGCAAGGCAUGCUCACUAAACUGUGAAGCCUUGCAUACUGAAAGCCAAAGAGCAGCACUCGGGAUCAAGAGUCGGAUGCUGCUUCUUUUGUUGAACAAGACGAGCCCCAAGACCUCAUUUGAUGUCAAGAACCUUUUGAUAUCCAUGCAUGAUCGACUCUCAUCAAAAACCCCACUGGAUUUCAUUGCCUUUUCCUCAAUACUGGUUCUUUCUACAACACUCUUGUCGUCUGAACGCAUCCCCGAGCUUGAACUUUCGAAUAUUAUACCAGAGCUUGUGCGGCAUGCUUGGGCAUACUUGUCUAGCCCGGAACCAAAAUAUCACGUCGAAACGACCCGUAGCCUGUGGCAGCUUCAGACUGCACUGGGUUCGCAAAAUAGGGAUGUUGAGGCCGCCAUAUCCAGCCUGAUGACGAAUAAAGAAAGCAAAGAGAACCUAGUAAAACCAGGUGCUGAUUAUGGCCAUGCAUUCGGUGUAUUAUGGACACAUACAAUACAAGACACUGCGUCCGACCGCAAAGCACCUCGGACGCCACGUCUUCAUGGUGAUACAAAAGUGUAUAAACCAAGACUUGCAGGGGCUGAGUAUUAUCAUUUAAUGCUCACACGGCCACUGUUCUUAGUUCUUGAUGCGUUGCUGGAUGAAGGGACCCAACAGUUCAUGAGUGCAAAGACUUGGCUUAGCACUUUGAUUGGGGUUGACAGACUCUUCUCAAUAUUGGCCGGCAAAUUUCUCAGUCUUGGGUUCUUGCAACUCAACAAGGCUGCCUCUGACAUGGACAAGAUCGUUUCAUUUUCCGGUAAUGACGAUCUCGAUCUAUGUCUUUACUACAUGAGGGCGUUCUCAUCUGUUUUGCGCUUGUCGCCGGGCGAUUUCUGGGCUGUUUUGGCAAAACGCACCAUUUCAUACAAGGCUAAUGACCAGCAGGAAUCAGACGGUAAGCCUUUGAAGUCUAAGAAAGCGUACAAAUUCGACUUAAGGGAAGGCAGCUUGCUGACAGAGGAAAUAUGUGCCACAGAUGGGGAUAACAGUGUAUCUCUUUUGGUCUUCUUUCUCCAAGUCUGCAUGCGGUGUGUUAUAUCGGAAGCUUCGGCAGAAGACAAAGAGCUGGAUGCCAGAUCCACGCACUUGUGCCGUUCUGCACUUGCGUGUCUACAUCAAAUCCUUCUGAGCCCUUACGCAGUCUCGCUUGCAGAGCUUCACCUGGAUGACAUCCUGAUAGAGAAGCUCAUGAGAUGCCUCACUGGUUCAGAUCCUUACGUGCAAGUGCUCUUGCUAGACGUAGUCUUUGCUUCACUUAAACUGCGAGAGACGCUGAUAGAUCAGCCACCGUCGCCAACGUCGAUAUCUGAAAAGCGGCCAAGUGUCGUCGACCCUGCAAGAAUGGGGCAAAACUCAGGGACUGGAGAUGUUGUGGGACGACCACUUGGACCACCGCAGGCUCUACUGAGAUGUAUUCAGGCAGGACUAAGCUCGCCCAGUAGCCGAGCUGUUCUCGACAGCUGGGUUAGCUUUCUCGGUGAAUGCUUGCCAUUUUACUCGGAUUCUAUCUUCCAAGUACUCAUACCACUAGUGGAAACUCUAUGUGGACAAAUCGGCAGUACUUUGUCAGGGCUUCAGAAACUCUUCAAAGAAGGUGGGACUCUCCAAGGGGGAGCAAACAGCGGACCCGAAACGACAUUGAUCUCGUUACUCAACGCCCUCGAGCAGGUGCUGGCUAAGGGGCAUGAUCGACUAAUGGCAGAAGAGGCACGCGUGUCCCUCGUCAAGGGCCCGGAGCAGCCGCAAGGCUUCUUCGGCAACAUCUUCUCGUCAGACACCCCACAGUCGAGGAGCGCAACUGCAAAUGACAGGCUCACUGUACUUCUUGCGUUCCAGGAUGCAGUGCGCAUGUGCUUUAGAAUUUGGUCGUGGGGUCAGGGGCCGGAUGUGGGCACGCAAGAUCUCGCGAGUACGGCCUCGUUCAACUAUACAUCUUUGCGGAUGAGGAACCGGGCCAGGAGGCUGCUUGAGCACCUUUUCACAGCCGAGCCCCUGCAGUGCAUGGAGACAGUGGUAGAGAUAUGGCGGGGAUCGCCGGGCGCGACGCAGCAGCAGGCCGAUGUUUUCAACCUGCUGCCUGCUCUGGACAGCUCGCGGCCCAAACAUACCAUCCCGGCUCUAUUUAACGCCAUCUACAGCCGGACGAACCCAACAGCCAUUGACUCGUCCCGCAAGUCAACACUGACAGUAGAGUUGCAGGAUUUCGACGUAGUGAUAUUCCUGGUCGAGUACGCGCGUUCACUCGAGGAUGAUGCCAUGGAAGAGAUCUGGCAAGACUGCAUCGUCUUCCUGAAAGAACUGUUGGGGAACCCUUUCCCGCACAGACAGACGCUUCCCAGCCUGCUGGAGUUUGCGGCCAUCCUGGGGGAGAAGGUUGAUAACACGAACUUUGGAGAGCAGAAAAAGAUGCGGAGGGAGCUUGGGGACCUGUUCCUUCGCCUCCUUACGGCUCUCUUCACCACCAGACCAAUGACAUUUACCGAGCUCGGUUCACCGGAAAAGUCGAGAGCUCCCGAUUUUUUCCAGAAGCAUGUACCUCCCAAGGGCGCGUAUGAAAGAGCCGAAGAUGUGGUAGAGGUUCUGUCCUCAAUUGUACCAAGCCUUCACAAGAUCCUGGUGGAAUCCGAUCGGGUACUGACGGCGGCCGCCUCGAUUUCCACAAAUGUUAUUGGGCCAACUCUGAGAUCCAAGUCGUUCCCUGACACUGUCACCAAGAGCACAUUAAUACUGUUACAGGAACUCGCCAGGCUACCCAACAACCAAAAGACUUGGAAGAAAGACGUAGCCGACGCUUUCAACGAUCCGAGGUUCUUUAACUCCCCACUAGCCCUUGUGCAGAGUGACUGGCUUGGUCUCUUGCGGCAGUGGACUCUGAGUGAUAAAGAUAGGAUGCCUGAGAUCGUCGGACGCAUUGCUCCGCCCACGACUGCCGGAAUAGUGUUCGGUGUGGGUGCAACAUCGGCUCGACUGGAAUCGGAUCGGAAGACACAGCUCAACCUCCGACGUAUCGCGACUCUGAUUCUCGCCUCGGCGGCCGAUACGUUCGUAACGGAGGUGGGCCUGAUUUUGGACAAGCUGGUAGAGCUUCUAGGGGCGACGGCCACGUCAUCUCCAUCAUCAACGACGAGGGCUGAGCUAUUCAUGGUGGUGCGGGCGCUCGUACUCAAGACAAGCGCUGUACACUUGGCACCGCUGUGGCCGAUCAUCAACGCGGAACUGCAUGCGGCCAUGUCGAGCGUGGCAACGCCGGACCACAGCGCAGCUAGCGACACCUACAACAACGCCAGCGUGCUACAGGCAUGCAAGCUGCUGGACGUGCUGAUCUGCGUGGCACCCGACGACUUCCAACUGCACGAGUGGCUGUUUGUCACUGACACGAUCGACGCGGUCCACAGACCGGGCUCGGCGCACUACCAGCCUGUUGCUCUCGUGGACGAGUUGUCGGAGGAGCUGGGGUCUAGUGGAAUGGCGGGGGCGGCAGAUCUCGUCGACGUCGCCACCGGUGAGCGGAGGAGGCCGAUGUUGGGUCCUGGAGGCAUCAGUGAUGAGGUCAGCCUGGAGAGGCGGGAUGAGCUCGUGGCCAAGAUCCUUCGGCCUUUCUUUGGCCAGCUGAGCAUUUAUGCGUUCGAGUCGACGUAUGCGAUGGGUCCGUUGGAUUGGGAAGGGUGUGUGAAGGGGCUGUUGAAGGACUUGUUUGAUGAGAGGAGCAUCGUCAGGGCCUUGUAGGUUUUGGGUGUCGGCGAUUUAGCGUUUGCGUGCG